AUGCCCCCUCCCUCUCAACCAAAUUCCAUGGGCUCCGACCUGGAGCUGGCCUACGCCUCACCCAGUGGGCCCGAUGGCAGGACAAGUCGUUAUCGAGGAUGCAGUAAUGAUGAGGGGAACCUCACCGAUGAUGGGUUCAUUAACGAGGACAUAAGAGUCGGCGGGCCACACCUUUGCGCGCUGCCAGCCCGAUACAUCCCCAUAACCAAGAACCAUCCCUUGUAUUCGAGGCUCCAGGAAAGAGACCACGAAGUCUGGAAGCGUAUCGCUGAAAUCCUUCAAUCGAGCCAGGUCACGUUGAAGUCGGUCGACUUUGGUGUCAGGCAAUAUCGAUGGGUACCAGAGGCGCCAGAGACAGUGACCACGUUCAUCAUUGCGCGCCAAAAGACCAUCGACAACGGUUGGCUAGACACUGCCCGCAAGAUCCGACAAUAUCUCGUCAGCCAAGGGCUGCAGGAGGUCUGUGUGGAAAUUGCAGAUGUCCGUGACCUGGACCGUGCCGCAUGCAAAGGCCCCGUGAAACCAAGAUAUGGCAUCGGAGUCGAAGUGGAUGGUUUAGCUGCAGCCGCCUUUGGGGGUUACGUCGAUCUGCAGAGUCCAUGUACGGGGCAGUGGUUGAAGUUUGGUCUUACUUGCCUUGAUGGUGUUGCUCUGGAAGAGAAUCUUGACGGGUAUAGUAGGUGGCGGCGCGAUGGUGUCUUAGACCACGACCUCGCCAAACCCCACUUAUGCCUGCACAGCCCAAGUCUCAGGGAUUUGGAGGAAAGUCUCCGAGAAUUCGAUCAGGAGCUCGAAGGAUGGCGGUCGUGCGACACGUACAUGAGAGGCGUGCAGAUGGAAGCUGAGGGCUUGUUAGACAUGAUGCCGAAGGCUGACCGGAACAAAUAUCCUAUCGUCAAGUCGAUCAUUGCUGAUACGGAAAGCUUUGUUAAGGAGCUUCGCGACUUUCGAGAUAAGAACUACUGUCAACUCGGCCAUGUCGUUGGUGUUUCUGGCAAGAUGGCAUCAACUUGCAAGUCUGACAGCCUGAAGAAUGUGAACUGGGCCCUAAUCAAAGUGGACAAGAGUCGUGAGGGCCCCAACGAGACCGGCUUUGAUUGCGGAGAAGAUGGUUGA